UCCAAGAUGGCGCCCCUAGGCGCUGGGAGUGGGUGACCAGUGGCGGGGAAGCGGCCUGGGUUGGCCCUCGGGUUGCGGGGUCCGGGGGCGUCUCUCCGGGUCCCCACCUCAGGCCCGCCUACAACGCCUUCCCCGGGCCAGAGCAAUGGCCUCCGAGAACAGCAAGCAGUUUUGGAAGAGGAGCGCCAAGCUGCCGGGGAGCAUCCAGCCUGUGUAUGGAGCACAACACCCCCCUCUGGACCCUCGGCUUACCAAACACUUCAUUAAAGAACGGUCAAAAGUCAACGCAGUUCCUCUGAAGAACAAGAAAGCCUCCAGUUUUCAUGAGUUUGCUCGGAAUACCAGUGAUGCUUGGGACAUUGGUGAUGAUGAGGAAGAGGACUUUUCCUCACCUCCUUUUCAGACUUUGAACUCAAAGGUUGCUUUAGCCACUGCUGCCCAGGUCCUGGAAAACCACAGCAAGCUGAGGGUGAAACCAGAACGAUCCCAAUCAACAACAUCCGACGUCCCUGCCAACUACAAGGUCAUCAAGUCCAGCAGUGAUGCCCAGCUCUCCAGAAACUCCAGUGAUACAUGCCUGAGGAACACUCUUCACAAGCAGCAGUCACUCCCUCUCCGGCCCAUCAUCCCCCUCGUUGCCCGGAUCUCGGAUCAGAAUGCUUCAGGAGCUCCCCCAAUGACUGUGAGGGAGAAAACCCGCCUAGAAAAAUUCCGGCAGCUUCUCUCCAGUCACAACACUGACUUAGAUGAACUGAGGAAGUGCAGCUGGCCAGGGGUUCCCAGGGAAGUUCGGCCUGUAACCUGGAGACUCCUGUCGGGCUAUCUCCCAGCAAACACUGAGCGGAGGAAGUUGACCCUACAGCGGAAGCGGGAGGAAUAUUUUGGCUUCAUUGAGCAGUAUUAUGACUCUCGAAACGAGGAGCAUCACCAGGAUACCUACCGACAGAUUCACAUUGACAUUCCAAGGACAAAUCCUCUCAUUCCAUUGUUCCAGCAGCCACUUGUACAGGAGAUCUUUGAAAGAAUUCUGUUUAUUUGGGCCAUUCGACACCCUGCCAGUGGGUAUGUCCAGGGAAUUAACGACCUGGUCACUCCGUUCUUUGUCGUCUUCCUCUCAGAAUAUGUAGAAGAGGAUGUGGAGAACUUUGACGUGACCAACUUGUCUCAGGACAUGCUGCGAAGCAUUGAAGCGGACAGCUUUUGGUGCAUGAGCAAACUACUGGAUGGAAUCCAGGAUAACUACACCUUUGCUCAACCGGGAAUCCAGAAGAAGGUCAAGGCACUAGAAGAGCUUGUCAGCCGAAUUGAUGAGCAGGUACAUAAUCACUUCAGGAAGUACGAGGUCGAAUAUCUACAGUUCGCCUUUCGUUGGAUGAACAAUUUGCUUAUGCGAGAGCUUCCCCUUCGCUGCACCAUCCGCCUGUGGGACACCUACCAGUCUGAACCAGAAGGGUUCUCCCACUUCCAUCUCUAUGUGUGUGCAGCCUUCUUGAUCAAGUGGAGGAAAGAGAUCUUGGAUGAGGAGGACUUUCAGGGUCUCCUCAUGCUGCUACAGAACCUACCUACGAUACACUGGGGCAACGAAGAGAUUGGGCUGCUUCUUGCGGAGGCAUACAGACUCAAGUACAUGUUUGCCGAUGCUCCCAAUCACUACCGCCGAUAGGUGCUGUCUCCCCAUAUGGACCCAGACUGCCCCCAUCUCUGAUGGCAAUCUGAUCACUGUGGCCACUGUGCGAGCUGUGGACCCCGGCCGGAACCACUCCUGCUGUAAAAAGCUCACACCCGUCGCCCAGGUCUUAACUUUCGGCGUGCCUGUCCACCACUCCAUGUUUGUGGGUGUGUCUCUUGGACCACUAUCAGUAUUCCGUGCCAUGUGGAUGGGCCCAGGUCUGGGAGAAAACAGAAAAGGAGGUACAGGGUCAUCUGCCCCUCUAAAAGAAACUGGAUAAAAGAAGGGGAAGGCUCAGGGUCUCUCAACUCACAUUCUUCCUACAUGGACUGGCUUUCACCUCCCAGACCCAACUGAUGUCCUUGUUCCUUGUGACGUAGUUUAAUUUGAUCGCAGGUCAGAAACGCCGUCUGUUUAAGGCUCCUGGCCCUUCUCUCUCCCUGCUCUCCUGGCCCUUCCCAUUGCACCCUGACUGAGCCAGUGAGGGCAGGUUUUCAAGACAAUUGCUCUCAGGUGGAAGAGGCACCAAUGGUCAUCACUCUGGGAAGAGGCAGACACCCAAGGGCUAGGAGUGUUAUUUUUUCUUUUCUCACCAGAUGUCUGUGUGUGCAUGUCUGUGUGCAUGUGUCUACAUGUGCACAUACCCGCCUAUCAGCAUUUAAGUAUGUGUUUGAAUGUCUCUGACCAGACUGGCCCCAUAAAAUCCAUUUGGGAAGGGUCCUAGGGACCAGGUGUCCAAGCUUCCUUAAGAAGGAUCAGGGUAGAGGAGGGAGGAGAGGUGGUUUUACCUCUCCAAACCCUCCUUCUAUGAUGACCCACUCCAAGACAUUAUGUGUAAAUUGUGUUAUUAUGUAUAUGGGUAAAGAUGUACAAAUAUAUGUCCUCUUUGUAGCAGAUAUGAUUUUAUAUUUAUAAUGUGCAUCAACAUGUGAAAGCAAUCUAGGUCACUAGCACAGUUGAAGUUGCCAGGCCAGCAGCUUCAGCGACUCCAGGUUG